GGUUCGCCAUAAAUUUGGCUUGCCAUACUUCAGAGCAAAUGUUUCUGCUUCAUAUAUACGACUACAAAUAUUAUUACUUAUAUCUUGUAUCUUGUACCAUAUGUCACUAAUUGAACUCAACUAGAGUACAAAUAAUCCGGAUUCUUAUGUACGAUCGCCGUUUUGUGUAUACUCGCACAACAUCCGGGCUAUUGUAAUGGAUGCGCCCAUAUGAUACAUGUGUGUCAAACAACACCUGAUGAGGGAUGGCUGUUUACUUGAGACGGAAGUUCGUCAGAACCUUUAUCAGAGCUGUCCAAGCCAAGGAUGCUGAUCUUGACAAAGUAGGAAGAAAGGAAGAGAUAGCACUGAAGAAAAACUUCAAAUAUAAAAUACAUGAUGACAGCAUCAGCUACAAGCCUGCAUUAAUAGCUGAGAAACUUGGAGUGUCCACAAAACAAAUUUCAUCUUUAAGCAUUGAUGAUAUCAACUAUCAGAGCACAGCGGAAUCAAAAGACCCGUCACCUUGGUUAUUGAUCAUAAAAACAAAUAUGGCACUGAUUGGUUCACACUUUCAAAAAACUAUGUAUAUCAGAAUACACUGAAAAUGGUACGAGAACAAAAGGAGAGAUAUGGCACUGUGACAUUAUCAGAGGACACAGACAAACAAAGAGUUCUUAUAGAGUACAGUUCACCAAACAUAGCCAAACCUUUUCAUGCUGGACACUUUAGGUCUACAAUUCUAGGGAACAUAAUAGCCAACCUGAAUGAGGCCUGUGGUCACACUGUCUUCAGGAUUAAUUACCUUGGUGACUGGGGGAUACAGUACGGAUUAAUGGUGCACCAUUUGAAGAAAAAUGGCAGCGAGGCAAUCCUUGAUAGAAAAUCUGUGAAAUACAUGCUCGAACUUUACAUCAAUGCGAAUGAAGAAAAGGAAGUGGAGCGUUCUCUGCCAGAAGAUGAGAAAAUUACUACGAUGGAAAGUCAGAAAAUUUUCAAAAAAUUGGAAGAAGGUGAUCCUGAAGAACUGAGGCUGUGGAGAAAGUGUCGAGACCUCAGUGUGGAGCAUUACCUGGAAACCUAUAAGAAACUAGGGAUACAGUUCACAGCCAUUGAAGGAGAAUCCAUGUAUUUAACUCAGACAAAACAGUUAUUGGAGGAUUUAAAACAGAAGGGGAUGCUCAAGUUUCGAAGUGAGACUGGGGUUGGCUACAUGAAGUUAAAACCUGAUGGACUGGUAGAGGAAGCAGUGCUUGUCAGGAGUAAUGGGACCUCUUUGUACCUUACCAGAGAUGUUGCUGCAGCACUUGAUAGGCACAAGCGAUAUCAGUUUGAUAGAUGCCAUUAUGUUGUGGAGCAAGGGCAGUAUCUCCAUUUUAAACAACUUGGUCGGAUACUGAAGGAACUGGAUGUAGAAUGGGCUAAAAGGUAUGAGGACACUCUCCACAUAGGAUUUGGGAGGAUUGCAGGCAUGAGUACCAGGAAAGGCAGCAUUGUCCUGUUGUCCCAGCUUCUACUUGAUGUAAAGAAAGUGAUAAUAGAAAAUAUGGAAAAGUCUGAAACAACAAAAGUGGAAGGAGAUGAGAAAGAUCGAGCUGCAGACAUUCUUACCAUGACUACACUUGUGUUUUGGGAUCUAAAGAAACCAAAGAAAAGAGACUACAUUUUUAACUGGAAUGAAUUAAUUAAGAAAGGAGCCAUGGACGGCAGUUUGAUACACUACUGUCAUUCCAGACUCUGCAGCCUUCUGUCUAUAUACUACAAACCUGAGAUGGACGAAGGUGAGAUAGAUCUUAGCUUAUUAACAGAAAGAGAAGCAGUUAAUCUUAUCAACAAGAUGAUAGAGUAUGAAAAUGUAGUGGAGGCAGCUGUACUAAGUGAAGACCCAUUUGAGAUAGCUCAGUUCUUAAAUUCUUUCAGAAAUCAAAUCAACUCAGCACUAAAAACACUACAGGUAAAAGAUAAAGAUCCAGACAUCGCCAGGGCAAGACUACAAUUGUUCAAGUGUUGUAGAACUGUGUAUGCAAAUGGACUGCAGUUACUUGGAAUUACACCCUUAGAGAAGAUGUGACUUGAAGUGACAAUUAGGAUUUUCAAUUGAUGUCAACAAUAGGAGCACAAUCAUCGGAAGUGAAAUUACUUAAAUACUUCUUCUGAAGUUGACUUUCUUAGCAAUUGUGUCUUAAUUUACAGUGUGUGUUAGAUGUUUGUUUACAGUGUGUGAGAUGUUUGUUUUACAGUGUGUGAGAUGUUUGUUUACAGUGUGUGAGAUGUUUGUUUACAGUGUGUGAGAUGUUGGUUUACAGUGUGUGAGAUGUUUGUUUACAGUGUGUGAGAUGUUUGUUUACAGUGUGAGAUGUUUGUUUACAGUGUGUGAGAUGUUUAUUUACAGUGUGUGAGUUGUUGGUUUACAGUGUGUGAGAUGUUGGUUUACAGUGUGUGAGUUGUCAGUUUACAGUGUGUGAGUUGUCAGUUUACAGUGUGUGAGAUGUUGUUUACAGUGUGUGAGAUGUUUGUUUACAGUGUGCGAGAUGUUUGUUUACAGUGUGUGAGUUGUCGGUUUACAGUGUGUGAGAUGUUGGUUUACAGUGUGUGAGAUGUUGGUUUAUAGUGUGUGAGUUGUCGGUUUACAGUGUGUGAGAUGUUUGUUUACAGUGUGUGAGUUGUCGGUUUACAGUGUGUGAGAUGUUUGUUUACAGUGUGAGAUGUUGGUUUACAGUGUGUGAGUUGUCGGUUUACAGUGUGUGAAAUGUUUGUUUACAUUGUGUGAGAUGUUUGUUUAGUGUGUGAGUUGUUUGUUUACAGUGCGUGAGAUGUUGGUUUACAGUGUGUAAGUUGUCGGUUUACAGUGUGUGAGGUGUUUGUUUACAGUGUGUGAGAUGUUGGUUUACAGUGUGUGAGAUGUUGGUUUACAGUGUGUGAGAUGUUUGUUUACAGUGUGUGAGAUGUCGGUUUACAGUGUGUGAGAUGUCGGUUUACAGUGUGUGAGAUGUUUGUUUACAGUGUGUGAGUUGUUGGUUUACAGUGUGUGAGUUGUCGGUUUACAGUGUGUGAGUUGUCGGUUUACAGUGUGUGAGAUGUUUGUUUACAGUGUGUGAGUUGUUUGUUUACAGUGUGUGAGAUGUUGGUUUACAGUGUGUGAGGUGUUUGUUUACAGUGUGUGAGAUGUUUGUUUACAGUGUGUGAGUUGUCGGUUUACAGUGUGCUGAGAUGUUUGUUUACAGUGUGUGAGAUGUUUGUUUACAGUGUGUGAGAUGUUGGUUUACAGUGUGUGAGUUGUCGGUUUACAGUGUGUGAGAUGUUGGUUUACAGUGUGUGAGUUGUUUGUUUACAGUGUGUGAGAUGUUUGUUUACAGUGUGUGAGAUGUUUGUUUACAGUGUGUGAGAUGUUGGUUUACAGUGUGUGAGAUGUUUGUUUACAGUGUGUGAGAUGUUUGUUUACAGUGUGUGAGAUGUUGGUUUACAGUGUGUGAGAUGUUGGUUUACAGUGUGUGAGGUGUUGGUUUACAGUGUGUGAGAUGUUGGUUUACAGUGUGUGAGAUGUUGGUUUACAGUGUGUGAGAUGUUGGUUUACAGUGUGUGAGAUGUUGGUUUACAGUGUGUGAGAUGUUGGUUUACAGUGUGUGAGAUGUUGGUUUACAGUGUGUGAGAUGUUGGUUUACAGUGUGUGAGAUGUCGGUUUACAGUGUGUGAGAUGUUGGUUUACAGUGUGUGAGAUGUCGGUUUACAGUGUGUGAGAUGUUGGUUUACAGUGUGUGAGAUGUUGGUUUACAGUGUGUGAGAUGUCGGUUUACAGUGUGUGAGAUGUUGGUUUACAGUGUGUGAGAUGUUGUUUACAGUGUGUGAGAUGUUUGUUUACAGUGUGUGAGAUGUUGGUUUACAGUGUGUGAGAUGUUUGUUUACAGUGUGUGAGUUGUCGGUUUACAGUGUGUGAGAUGUUUGUUUACAGUGUGUGAGAUGUUGGUUUACAGUGUGUGAGUUGUCGGUUUACAGUGUGUGAGAUGUUAGUUUACAGUGUGUGAGUUGUCGGUUUACAGUGUGUGAGAUGUUUGUUUACAGUGUGUGAGUUGUUUGUUUACAGUGUGUGAGAUGUUGGUUUACAGUGUGAAAUGUUAGUUUACAGUGUGUGAGAUGUUUGUUUACAGUGUGUGAGAUGUUGGUUUACAGUGUGUGAGAUGUUUGUUUACAGUGUGUGAGAUGUCGGUUUACAGUGUGUGAGAUGUUGGUUUACAGUGUGUUAGUUGUCGGUUUACAGUGUGUGAGAUGUCGGUUUACAGUGUGUGAGAUGUUUGUUUACAGUGUGUGAGAUGUCGGUUUACAGUGUGUGAGAUGUUAGUUUACAGUGUGUGAGAUGUUUGUUUACAGUGUGUGAGAUGUUUGU